CCUCGGUGUUGUUGCGUCCCCCCGACCCGCAUUCGCCGCCGCUGCUGAGUUCGGUGUCCCGGGGCAGCUCUCAUAGAAACCGGCUGCGCGCGGGACGAGAGCUCGCUAUGGAGUCUCUGUGCGGGGGGUGCUGAGCGCGGGGCCCCGGGCCGCUGCCAGCUGCUUGGUGGCUGAGAUAGCACUACUCCAUCCUUAUACUACAGGACUCCAGCCACCCGGUUUUACAGAAGUGGAUGUCUUAGCAUCCUUGGGCCAUGGCUCACCUGAGGGAUUUUGCUAACCAGCACUCCAGGGUGGACCCAGAAGAGCUGUUCACCAAGCUAGAGAGGAUUGGUAAAGGCUCGUUUGGUGAGGUGUACAAAGGAAUCGACAACCGCACCAAGGAGGUGGUUGCUAUCAAGAUCAUUGACCUGGAGGAGGCGGAGGAUGAAAUUGAGGACAUCCAACAGGAGAUCACUGUGCUCAGUCAGUGUGACAGCCCCUACAUAACCCGCUACUAUGGGUCCUAUCUGAAGAGUACCAAGCUGUGGAUAAUAAUGGAGUACUUGGGUGGAGGCUCAGCACUGGAUUUGUUAAAGCCAGGACCGUUGGAAGAGACCUACAUUGCCACUAUCCUGCGGGAAAUCCUCAAGGGCUUAGAUUACCUGCACUCUGAGAGGAAGAUCCACAGGGACAUCAAAGCUGCCAAUGUGCUGCUAUCGGAACAAGGGGAUGUGAAACUGGCUGACUUUGGUGUGGCUGGACAGCUGACAGACACCCAGAUCAAGAGAAAUACGUUUGUUGGGACUCCCUUCUGGAUGGCACCAGAGGUUAUCAAACAAUCUGCCUAUGACUUUAAGGCAGAUAUCUGGUCCCUUGGAAUCACAGCCAUUGAACUUGCAAAGGGAGAGCCCCCGAACUCUGACCUGCAUCCUAUGAGGGUGCUCUUUCUGAUCCCCAAAAACAACCCUCCAACACUGGAGGGACAUCACAGCAAGCCCUUCAAAGAAUUUGUAGAAGCCUGUCUCAACAAAGACCCUAGAUUUAGGCCAACUGCUAAAGAGUUGCUAAAGCACAAGUUCAUCACACGCUAUACCAAGAAAACCUCAUUCCUCAUGGAGCUGAUUGACCGAUUCAAGCGCUGGAAGUCAGAGGGCCAUGGAGAGGACUCCAGCUCUGGUGAUUCUGACAUUGAUGGAGAUACAGAAGAUGGAGACCAGGGUCCAAUCUGGACGUUCCCACCAACUAUUCGACCCAGUUCCCUUAAACUGCACAAAGGAAUAGCUCUCCAUGGCUCUCAGAAGUCUGCUGAGCCCAUCAAGCGGCAGCCCCGAUCACAGUGUCUCUCCACGCUUGUCUACCCAGUCUUCGGGGAGCUCAAAGAUAAGCACAAGCAGACUGGAGGGAAUGUGGGAGCUAUGGAGGAGCUGGAGAAUGCCUUUAGCUUGGCUGAGGAGUCCUGCCCAGGCAUUUCUGACAAACUGAUAGCACACAUGGUGGAGCGGGUACAAAGGUUUUCACACAGCCGGAACCACCUGACUUCAGCCCGCUGACCAGUACAGUUGUUGCUGCUCUUUACGGGGAAGGGAGGAUUUUCCCAACUUCAUAAGACCUACAUCUCUAAUCCAGACCACUAUCAUCUGCUGUUGGAUGUAAUAUUGUGACUCCAGGACAUUUCAGAGCCUUCAUCUAUACAUGUUUCCAUGACAACCAAGGGUGGGGUUCACAAUGCAAGUACAAUUUAGACCUUUUGCAGAGCCCAAGGGAGGGGCGGUCUAAUUGUUUUUACACUGUUCUCAAUGGAGUUUUUAAUUGUUCUCCCUGUGGACGUAUCCAUUUUUAUUUGAUUCAGAGCUUGUUAAAAGGUGGAGCAAGAAGGAAGUUCUCCUGUACUCAGAUGUUUCAGAAGGGAGGUAUGAUGGGUUCAGCCUUCUCUCCCCACAAGGAAGUGUAGGUGAGUGGUAAUGCACAAGGAGUAGAGGUGGCUCCAGGCUUUCCAUACACUACAGCAUUCUAGUGGAGUCAAAGUGGCACUCUGGCCCCACAAGAUUUUUUCAACUCCUUCAUACACUAGUGGAACACAGGCUUUAACUAGUAGCAGUGAAAGUAGGUUUGCUGCUGUCCUCCUACUCUUCAUUCAAGAGUAGCUGCGUUGUUUUGUCACUUUCACAGGAUGGGUUUGCUGACUGUUCUGCCAGCAGUUCUGGGGAUGUCACUCUUUGAACAGGCCUUACUUUACUUAAGCUACACUAGAGCAAAGUUUGCCUCACUUCCACAGAGCAGCAGUGACAAGGCAGCUGCGUUUGGUCUAAAACUCUCUUAUAUGGGGUUGCUUAUGCUUCCUGCUGCUUCUGACCAGCAGACAUACCAGGUGCGUUGGCUUGUGGCAGAUUGAAUGCUGUGACUAUCCUAUGGUGAGCCAGACUAAACACUAAGAUUAAAGUGCAUUAGAAAAGGGACCUUUGUCAUGCAAAGAUGUUUAAAAGGUGAGUCUGAAAUUCUUUACAAUGAUUUUCAAUUGAAGAAAAUUCAGCUUUUUCUUUACCUGUUAAAUGGCUGAUAUCAUUGCUCCUUGGUGACUAUAUCCCAAAUGCGGUGCUUGGGAUACCAAAGUCAAUUUCUCCCCUACUUUACUCUCAUGAACCAUUUCUUAAAACUGUGCUCUAAACAACUUGAAGCCAACACAGUCUCAGCCAGAAGUACAAUCCACAUAAUGAGCUGCAUCUCUCAUUAUCGAUGUAUUAGCUGCCCUUCAGUAAAGCAGACACUUUGGUCAUUCAAGGUAUUCCUAUGGAGCAACUUCACCUAGUUUUGCUUUCUUGACAAUGCAAAUUUAGCCAGGAAUUUCAGUUCUCCACUUUGUCAUAGAUUUGUAUACAAGAUACUCCAAGGAUCUGGAAGGAAACCAGGCUUCUAAAGAGACAGGAUUGAAAUUUUGAAAGCUGGGUGCCUAAAGCUAAGCAGCUAAAUCUUACGUUCACAUAAGUGAUGUGACUUCAGGUAGCUCUUACAGCUUCCCUAGAAGCCAAUGGGAGCUGCAGCUGCUCAGUGCCUCUAAAAGUUAGACCACUUAACUAAUAGGUAAAUGUGGAUUGUGCUUCUGAAACCUGCACAGCUGAAGGUAGGAAUGUUGGGCCUGGAGUCUCUACAAAGAGAACACAUGAGCCCCACCACUUAGUCUUAUGCUAAAGUGAACUGCAAACAAUCUUUACUGCUCCUCUAUGAUGUAUAAAUACAGGCUCUGUGUGUUAACAGCACUGCUUAUCUUUGUAGAAAAUAGCUGCUAUCAUCUCUUGCUAGAGCUCACUUGUGGAGCAGAGUUUAUUUUAUGUGCUGAGGUAGCCAUGGAGCCUGUAUUUAUGCACAAUGACAAGUAAAGGGAACACUCAGCCGGGCAAAAGGGAAAGUCUCCUGCUGCUUUUAACUUUAUUCUGUUCAUGAUGGUAGCAUAUUGUUAAUAAGGUACCUUGUAUUAUCUUUACUCAUGACACUGAAGUGCAUGUGAAGGAUGAUUUUUAAGGAAACAAUCCCCAUAAAUUUCCUCCAAUAUUCUAAGCAACAUGGUGUGAGUUUUUAAAAGAGCACGGAAAGUAGUGGUUAUUAUAGCUUUGUUACACAGAAUGCAAAGACUCUAGAGCUUUAACAAACAUCACAGACCUUUCAUAAACUGAGUGGACUUCUGCUGAUGUAUGAGUGUAUCCUCCCUGCCCUCAGCACCAUGGAGCCAGAGGGGAGUUGAAAAUUACAGGCCAAGCUCUCACCUAACACCCUUUUAGGGAAGGAAAUACUUCCUCUAUUCCCUUGAAGUUGCUUUAGUGAUCUUUAAGUUGCAGGAAUGUUGGUCCACAGCUGCAACAUACGAUGACUUCAGCAGUGAAAAAGUGAUGGUCUAGAACAUCACUGAGGGUGACUGUAUGGCAGAGAAAGCUGCCUGAACCUGAUGUCUAGCCUGUUUCUAAAGCAGCUGUCAGCUUAUUUUUCCCCCUUCCUGCUCUAACGCUGCUGCUGUGGUAGUGGAUUAAGGGCUAAGUAUUUUCUACUCUAGUAACAGUUUACUGAAUUCUAAGCAGGAGAAAAGCAGAAUCUGGUUCUCAGCAAGUGGACAGUGAUUGAUACAAUCAAUCAGGUCAGUCCAACACCAGUUUAAAAAACAGAUGCAAUACCUUUUAUUCAAAGGGAAAUAAAAUAGGACAGCAUGUUUACUCCAAUAACAUCAACACUUUUGAAUACUGUUACAUUGUCCACCAUACUAGCAAUAGCAGAGGCUUGAUAUGGGUGGUGACAGAGAUACAGCUAGGAAGGUAGUUUCUGUGAAAUAGGGUAGGUACUCUUUCUAAGCUAGGCUUACAGCCAGCUAAACUAGCAGGGUGGAAAGUGCAUUCUCUCUGACACUUCCUCUACUUUUGGAUCCUGUUUGAAAUGUUAACAGAUGUUCACAGCUAAAUGAUGGGGUGUCUUCUCUCAGCUGCAUGAGGCAUAGUGAGAGUAGUUGUCCCCUUGGAGCGGUGGGGUGGCACUGCACAGACAACACACAUAUGCCUACAACAUGGGCCAAAAGGAGGGACCUUGUAAUCCAGCAUGUGCUGAAAAUACUUAAGCAAAUGGUCAGACCAGUGUAGCAGCACAACAUGAAACAAACAGAAGACACACAUGAAAUUAUCUAGACUGCUAGGAAGUGAACAACAUUUAAAUCAGCUAAGGAAAUUAACAUCCUGCACAAUGAGGCUACAGGAGCAGGUAUUUUUAUUUUCUUUCAAAGAGCAGCUAAAG